UAAACGUUCCUGCCCGCUCCGCACUGGCCCUCGAGGCUAUCAGAGAGCUUCUGCUGUUGAUUUUAUCUGUGGAGGUUUCUGGAGGAGAUCCAGAGACUCCUCCCGCGGUCGGCGGCGAUGAAGGAGGAACGAGGGGGCGCGUGUCCCAUCAUCAUCCUCCUCAUCCUCCUCCUCAUCCUCACAGUCGCGUGUUUCUGAGCGGGGUUGGAGUUCGUUGGCAGGAUGGAGGUGAUGGGAGGCAGAGCUUGAGAUCUCUGGACUCUCUCAGGGAUCCGCGGAUCGACAGACUCGCCCGACUUUCACACGUUCUCAGGUUCACAGAAUGAAAUAAACCCGUCUUCAGCAGUCAUCGUCAUGGUUUCCUCACCGUUUCCUCACAUGGAUCAAACGUCGGCACCGAGCAACGCGACCCCGCUGUGCUUCUCCAUCAACAGCCCUCCUUUCGGAUAUAACCACACUAUCAUGUCGGCGUAUUACUCAGCGGUCUUCAGCGGCCUGGGCUUGAGCUCCAACCUCUUCGCUAUGGUGGUUCUGGCCAAGACCUUCCACCACACCAAGAGCCGCUCGCGCUCCUCCUUCCUGCUCUUCCUCGGCGGGCUGGUCUUCACCGACUUCAUGGGUCUGUUGGUCACCGGCUCCAUCGUGGUGUCCUUCCACAUCACGCACUUCAACUGGCGCCAGCUGGACCCUCAUUGCCACUUCUGCAACUUCAUGGGCAUGUCGAUGGUCUUCUACGGCCUCUGCCCGCUCCUUCUCGCCGCCGCGAUGGCCAUGGAGCGGUUCGUGGGCAUCAACCGACCCUUCGCCCGCUCCAUGGCCAUGUCCAACAGCAGGGCGUGUUCGACGCUGGCCGUGGUUUGGGUCACGGCCGGCUGCAUCAGCCUGCUGCCGUUGGCCGGAUUGGGAAGCUACCAUCUCCAGAUCCCAGGGUCCUGGUGCUUCCUCAACAUCAGCUCCAAGCCGCUGGACAUGACCUUCGGCUUGAUCUUCUCGCUCGUGGGUUUGCUGUCGCUGGCCGUGUCGUUCCUGCUCAACACGGUGAGCGUGGUCACCCUGCUGAGGGUGUGUUGCGGGCAGGACAGCGUUCAGCGGAGACGAGACCACGAAGUGGAGAUGAUGGUGCAGCUGAUUCUGAUCAUGGCCAUCGCCUCCGUCUGCUGGUGCCCUCUACUGGUGUUUAUCGCGAAGACCGUGCUGUCGGGAAGCGAGCUCAACGUUGGCAGCCUGCUUCUCUGGCUUCGGUUUGCGACGGGGAACCAGGUCCUGGAUCCCUGGGUCUACAUCUUAUUCCGACGUGCCAUACUGAAGCGUGUCGCUCCCAGGUUGGACUGGUCCCGCGACUCCAUCGUUAGCUUCUACCCCGCCAUCUCCACGUCCUUUCGCAAGCUCACUCGCGCAUCUCUCGGAGGAACCAUUGACCACUUGGAUCCCGUCCGGCCGAAUCCAGACAAACCCACACAAGAGGACACGCCUCUCCCUGUGCUGGGAGCCACUGCUACGUCUAGCAGCAAAGACUAGCAUUUACUUCUUUCUUCAUUAACGAUUCGAAGUCUAAUGUGGCGCCCAACGCAGGGCGCAAUCUAAUUUUUCUACACUUUUGUUGGUGCGUCGCUUGUCGGAAAGGCCUGGCCAAGAAAGUCUAGUCGGACACGUUCAAGAAGCGUAUAUUUGAGCUCUCUAGAACUCUCUAGAACUGAAUUUGAAAAGCCAAGCUGUUGAGGAAAACGUCCUGUAGAAACUUGAGUGGGAAAGUGGGCGGGGCUUGGUUUUACCCGCUUUUUCAGCAGUGUUUACCGUUCAAGUCUUCUUUAAAGAAUUUAACCAAACUAUUAAUCAAACUAACCUACUACAAGGUGGAUCGCAACAACGCAAACUUUUAAGGCAACAAGUAUUUGAAAAUACUUAAAAAUUCAAAUUGGAUGGAAGGGCAAUAAUGUGCACUUAAUGGUUUUAAUAAUAAUAAAAAAAGCUUUGUUUUA